AUGGUUAUUUCCAGGAAUGAGCAAACUACCCAAAAUGACCUGUUCGUGUUCACUCAUACACCCUGCCCCGGCUGCUCCAUCCCUCAGGAAACGCACAGGAUCUACAGGCAGAAGCUGGAGGAGGUGACGGCGCUGCAGACGUCCUGCAGCAGCUCCAUCCGCAAGCAUAAGACGCGCCUGAGGGACCUGAAGCGCGCGCUCCAGAGGUACAAGCGCCAGGCCAGUCGGGAGGAGGCGGAGCUGGUUCAGCAGAUCGAUGUCAGCAUCAAGGAGCGACAGAACAUCUUCUUCGACAUGGAGGCCUAUCUGCCCAAGAAGAAUGGGCUGUACUUGAACCUGGUCCUCGGCAACGUGAGUGUGACCCUUCUCAGCAACCAGGCCAAAUUCGCCUACAAGGACGAAUAUGAGAAGUUCAAGCUCUACCUGACCAUCAUCUUGCUCCUGGGUGCUGUGGCCUGUCAGUUUGUCCUUCACUACAGGGUCACGGACGAAGUCUUUAACUUCCUGCUGGUGUGGUAUUACUGCACCCUGACGAUCCGGGAGAGUAUUCUCAUCAGCAAUGGAUCCAGAAUUAAAGGCUGGUGGGUGUCUCACCACUACGUGUCCACGUUCCUGUCCGGGGUGAUGCUGACCUGGCCUAACGGGCUGAUUUAUCAGAAGUUUCGCAGUCAAUUUUUAGCGUUUUCCAUUUUUCAGAGCUGUGUCCAGUUCCUGCAGUAUUAUUACCAGAGGGGCUGCCUCUACCGGCUGCGGGCUCUGGGGGAGAGGAAUCAUUUGGACCUCACCGUGGAAGGAUUCCAGUCCUGGAUGUGGCGGGGCCUCACCUUCCUCCUGCCCUUCCUGUUUUGUGGCCACUUCUGGCAGCUCUACAAUGCGGUCACGCUGUUUGAGCUCUCCAGCCACGAGGAGUGCAGAGAAUGGCAGGUGUUCGUGCUGGGGCUCACGUUCCUGGUGCUCUUCCUCGGCAACUUCCUGACCACACUGAAAGUCGUGCACACCAAGCUCCAGGAGAACAGGAACAAGGCGAAGCAGUCGUGAGCCCCGGGAUCGCGCCCUCCAGCUUCUGUGAGCCCCGGGACUGGCCCUCUGGCCCCUGUGAGCCAGGGGACUGCGCCCUCCAGCUUCUGUGAGCCCUGGGACCACGCCCUCCAACUUCUGUGAGCCCUGGGACCGGCCCUCUGGCCCCUGUGAGCCCGGGGACCGCGCCUUCCAGCCUCUGUGAGCCCCGGGACCGGCCCUCUGGCCCCUGUGAGCCGGGGACCGCGCCUUCCAGCCUCUGUGAGCCCCGGGACCAGCCCUCUGGCCCCUGGACUUUGAGACUGCAGGGGGACCUCAGUCGGCACCCUUGCUGCCGAUUUCUCCUCGGCAGUGCCAGUGGCCACUGGGCAACAAUGACCUCAGGGGCCAGCGGCCGCACCAGGAGCAGGGUCAAGGCCUUCAUCCCCAACUGGACAAGAGGAAUGUGACCCCAGCCUGUCUGUGCAGUAUUAGCCACCCCACCCUCCCUAUCUAUUUAUGACAUAUUUAAUAUGGGGGCCUCCCCCUCGCCCCCGCUGCUCUGGGCCAGACUGGGCAAGUCCUCCUGGGGGGAGGCUAAGCCUCAGGGAGCCCCUCUGUCCCCACUCCUGGCAUUUGAACGCCUCAGGGUGGGGUGUGGACAUGCCUCCCUAGGUUGGGUGUAUGACCUGUGACUUAGAGUCCCAGGUGGGGGUGGAAGGCGGGCCCUGGGAGUCCUGUGGAGCCUCCGUCCCCAGGUGCACGCUUCUGCUGCAAGCUCCCACCUCCUCCCGGCCUCCGUUUCUCUGUGGGGCGGGUAUUUAAGUUCUCAGAGAACCACUGUCUGUGCCUUGUGCUGUUUGUGCUUCCCGAGCCCCCUGACUGCCGGCCGCCGGCGGAAAGCCGCCCCACCUCCCCGAGGCCUGGGGUUCUUGGUCCCUGGAGCAACUGGACGUGAGGCAGGAGGGUUUUCUGAGAGUCGCCACCAGAGGGCGCCCCAACCUCUGCAUCAUUUGGGCGGUUUGAGGACCGUAUUUGACACUAAGUUGGGGUCUGCUCUUGGGGGCUUCCUGGCCCUCACCCCUCAGCCCACCUUUCCGGAUUCUUGCGGCGGGAACUCGGAGUGAGACGAAGACCCUCAGUGCUGGCUGGGACUUCUACCAGCACAGGGGUCCCCCAACCCUCCACCUCCCUCCCUUAACCUCAGAGGCUCUAGAAAGUGUGGGGGGGGGCAUCCGAGCAACCUCACUUUCAGGAGGCCGCCCGGGGCAGUGCUGCUGGUCACUUCAUGCUAGAAUCUGUAUUUGUGGGGUGGAUGUAAGACACGAGUAGGCUCUGUUGAAUUUUCUGCCCCUCCUCCCACACUUGGGUCUCAGCUGCCCCUAAGGACUCCCCUACAAAUCCUCUUCGGCCAGAGCUCAGAGCCGGUGUCCACAGCCGCGCUCUGGCCCUCAAAAGGGUAACAUUUUAAAAAUUACUUACAUUUAAAAAAUAUGAAAUCCACCCCACCCCCACUCCUCUAAGAUUCUGCAUAAAAAAAAAAAAUCCAGAUCUCUGCUUUGCCUAGAAAAAUGGACAGACCUGGCCACAUUCCCACCGGGCGGUACUCAGCUGGGCUGCGCUGCUGCCUAAGGUGGUGCUUGCUUUCUAAUCUGCUGCAGACCCCACCACUCCGUUACCCCUGCACUCCUCCCUGUUACCCCUCCCCUCUCCGGGCCUGUUUUCUGUAAA